AUGUUGUCUUGGAAUUCUAACACAUGGGUCAUUGAUAUGAUACCCAUCAUCUAUCUGGUGGCCAUCACUCCCUUAGGAUAUCUUUUAUGGACCGUGGUUUACAACCUUUACUUUAGUCCACUGUCAAAGUUUCCAGGGCCGAAACUUGCCGCAUGCACCAAUCUCCAAAACCUGUACUGGACAUCAACGGGGCAGUAUCAUUACAAACUCAAGGAGCUCCAUGAUAAGUAUGGAGAUGUGGUUAGGACAGCCCCCAAGUCUCUUGUCUAUCGCAGCCCACAGGCAUGGAAAGAUAUCUAUGGCCACCGCAAAUCUGGAGCCCCGUCGUUCCUGAAAGACCCCAAAUUUUACCUUCGGGGUCCGACAGGACCCAGCCUUAUCAACAUGAACGAUGAAGACCAUUCAAGAGGAAGAAGAUUACUCUCGCAUGCCUUCUCUGAAAAGGCCUUGCGCGAGCAAGAAGGACUAGUUCAGUCAUAUGUUGACAUGUUGGUAGAGCGACUGAAGGGGGAAGUUUCCUCAUCACGGGAAACAGUCGACAUGUCUCGGUGGUACAACUUCACUACAUUUGACAUCAUUGGAGACUUGGCCUUUGGUGAGCCCUUUGACUGCUUACGGGAAAGCCAAUAUCACCCAUGGGUCAAGAUGGUCUUUGUGAGCACUAAAGUGGUGGCCUUAUCGCGACCACUAUUGGUCUAUCCUUUUUUGGCACCGAUUUUCAGAAGGUUCCUCCCCAAAAAGCUCGCAAAGAUGCGAGCAGAAUCAUUUGAACUGGCAACAGACAAAGUCCAUCGCCGGUUGGAGACCAAGGUUGAACGGCCAGAUUUCAUGACUUACAUCUUGCGAUAUGAUGAUGAGAGGUCCAUGACUAUACGGGAGAUGGAAUCAAAUGCGGCUUUACUGAUUCUCGCUGGGAGUGAGACAACCGCCAGCCUACUCUCCGGACUCACCUAUUAUAUUCUGGCAAACCCCCCAACCUAUCGGAAACUCGUGGAUGAAAUCCGAAAAUCAUUCAAAUCUUACGAAGAUAUCAACUUCCAAAGAGUUAGUCAACUGACUUAUCUGAAUGCAGCACUUGAGGAAAGUCUGCGGGUUUACCCAUCUGUCCCGUCUAUUAUUCCGCGGGUUGUACCUAAGGAUGGUGCGAUGAUCGACGGGCGAUUCGUCCCAGAGAACGUUUCUGUGUCUGGGGCCCACUAUUCUACCUACCAUUCCGAGUCUCAUUUCACCGAAGCGGACUCUUUUAUUCCCGAGAGAUGGCUGGAGAACAGAGACAAGCGCUUCGAGUUAGACAAUCGGAAUGCAGUUCAACCAUUCUCACUUGGGCCCCGUAACUGUCUUGGAAGAAACCUUGCCUAUGCAGAAAUGCGUGUAAUUGCAGCCAAAGUCUUCUGGAGCUUCGACAUGACCAUGGACGAGAGUUCAACUGAUUGGAAUAUCCAGAAAUCCUACAAUAUUUGGGAACGCAAGCCAUUGAUGGUGAAUUUGUCGCUGGCACAACAUUGA